AUGAUCAUUUUUCUUCUACCAGAGUCGUAUCAUCUUCACUUCUCACCUCACUUAUGGAUGCUUCGCUCCGCUAGAACCGCCCAACUCACUUCUCUUACGCUUAGAAGGACUUCUCUUCGUCGCGCACUCCCUCUUAGACUCUGUUCUACGUACACGAUUGCUCCGAAACCAAUGGCCAACGUCCCAGCAACGCAAAAGGUCGCCAUCGUCGCCUCCGAAGGCAGUGGUGUUCAUAUCAAGGACCAUCCCGUCAAGCUACCCUCCCAACUCGCCCCCGGUGAAUGUCUGAUCAAGCUUCACUGCACUGGUGUCUGCCACACCGACCUUCACGCCGCGACGGGUGAUUGGCCCGUCAAGCCCAUGACGCCUCUCAUCGGUGGUCACGAAGGUGUUGGAGACAUUGUCGCGAUCGGCGAGGGUACUAUCAACAGCCCCGUCCAGGUCGGCCAGCGCGUCGGUGUUAAGUGGAUCGCGUACUCGUGCCUCAACUGCGAACAAUGCCGGAAGGGUUAUGAGCAAACCUGCGCGAACGUCAAACUCAGUGGUUAUACUGUCGACGGAACCUUCCAGCAAUAUCUGGUCUCCUACACGAACUGUGUUACCCCUAUUCCCGACAACCUUGAAAGUGCCGCGGCAGCUUCUAUCUUGUGUGCUGGUGUUACCGUAUACCGUGCUCUGAAGUACAGCGAAACCGGCGCCGGCGAUUGGGUUGUCCUCCCUGGGGCUGGUGGAGGACUUGGCCAUCUUGCCGUCCAAUACGCCAAGUACAUGGGUCGCCGCGUCAUCGCCAUCGACGGAGGUGAGGAGAAGCGCAAGCUCUGUCUCGCCCUCGGUGCCGACCACUGGAUCGACUACACCACUACAAAGGACAUUGUUGGCGAAAUCAAAAAGGUCACUAACGGCGGAGCGCAUGCUGCUGUUGUCACCACUGCCUCGCCCUCGGGGUAUACUCAGGCUAUUGACUACUUGCGCCAGAACGGUCACUUAAUGGCCGUCGGUCUCCCCUCCACCGCAACCCUCGAUGCCUCGAUCUUCUUCACGGUGUUCAAGAGCAUCACCAUCCACGGUUCAUAUGUUGGCAACCGUCAAGAUGCUGUUGAAGCCAUCGAAAUCGCCGCCUCUGGUGCCGUCAAGUGCCACUAUCAAACGAAGAAGCUCAAGGACAUUGAGCAGGUAUACGACGAUAUGGCCAAGGGCAAGAUUGCCGGCCGCAUUGUCCUUGACGUUAACGAUGUUUAA